CCCCACCCCCUUCCGCCGCGGGGGAGGGAAGACAACCUUCUGCCGGGAGGGGGCAGGUCGCUCCGUUUUCUGCCCGCCGCCACUCGCUGCGUCGACAAAUUCCUCCGCCCCGUUCCGGAGGCUUCUGAAGCCCGCCUGGGACCUUGUCCUGUAGACGGGAACGGGGGAAGGAGCCCAGGCGUGGCAACACAUUCCCAGGCCCCUGCAGGACCACCAUGGCUUAUGAUGACUCCAAGAAAAAAGAAGACUGCUUAGAGAACGACCGAAUUGAUGGCGUGGGACUAGUAGCUGGCAGAACCCAGCGAGAAAAGAAACGUUCCUACAAGGACCUGCUUCGAGAAGAGGAGGAGAUAGCUGCACAGGUCAGGAAGAAUUCACAGAAGAGGCUGAAGGAAAGUGACAUUUUCUUGCUGGGGACAGACGCUUAUAAGAAGAAGAGGAAGCACUCCAAUGAGUACUAUUACAGAGAACUUUCUUCGUUUGAGUUAUCCCUGCCUUUGGAAACGUCUGCAAAGAAGAGGAAAAAAGUAGUGACAAGCCCACCCUCUGCUGACACUGCCAUGGAUCUGCUUAAGGCCAUCACCUCGCCUUUGGCCACAGGCUCCAAGUCCUCGAAGAAGACAUCUGAAAAGUCAUCUCAUUCUUCACUCUCUGCCUCUAGCCAUUCAGAAGGCAAGAAGGAACACCACAAGAAAAAGCUGAGUGGCAGUAGCAGUGACCUGUCCUUGGAUGAAAGUACUUUCCACAAGUCCAAAAAGGUGAAGCCCCCCUAUGUGAACACCGAAAUGUUGACCUUGCGUGAACCUGAUGGCUUAAAGAUGAAACUCAUCCUCUCACCUAAGGAGAAGGGGGGAAGCACAACGGAGGAGCCCUUUCCACAUCCGCCAGCCACAAAGAAAUCCUCUAAGAAGUCAGCUCGGGAUGAACAGGGAUCAUUUCUCCCAAGUCAUGAUUCACAUGGCUUUUCGAAAUCAUCCCGAAAGAAGCACAAACCAUUGGAGAAAGAUCCACAUCCCUCUCCAGCUGCUGAGAACUUUAGCCCAGACACACCCCUCUUCCCUGAAGGCCAAAGCAGUGAAUUUGAGCUUUCAGGCCUGGAACCACAAGCGGAAUCAGGUUCGUCCUCUGGAGGUGAACUGGAAGCUGGAGAGCUAGUAAUUGAUGAUUCGUACCGGGAGAUAAAGAAAAAGAAGAAAUCAAAGAAGAGCAAAAAGAAGAAGGACAAGGAGAAACACAAGGAAAAGAAGCAUUCCAAAUCCAAGAAGAGUUCUGGGCUUUCUGGGCUUUCCUCCUCACUGGCAGUAGCAGAAGUAACAGCACCACUCCCAGUCUCUCCAACCGGUGCGCAGUUUGCCGUUCCUGCCCCUCCUCCACCACCACCUCCACCUCCACCUGUUUUCCAUACAGAUGGCCAGAGUGAGAAGAAGAAGAAGAAAGAAGAAAAGGACAAGGUUGAAAAAUUGGACAAAGAAAAGCCAAAGAAGAAGAACAUGUCUGCCUACCAAGUAUUCUGUAAAGAGUAUCGUGUGAACAUUGUGGCUGAACAUCCAGGAAUAGAUUUUGGUGAUCUGAGCAAAAAGCUGGCAGAAGUUUGGAAGCAGCUUCCAGAGAAAGAUAAGCUGGUUUGGAAGCAGAAGGCGCAGUAUUUGCAACACAAGCAGAAUAAAGCAGAGGCUACAACAGUGAAGAGGAAAGCAACCUCAUCAGAGGGUGCACCAAAACUGAAAGCUUCUCUAACAGGGGCACUUUCACCCCAUAAGAAGUCUCCAUCUAGCACUGUAGUGCUAUCUGCAUCACCUGUCAAAGUUCCUGAAACGGAUCCCAUAGAUGUAGCUGCACAUCUGCAAUUGCUGGGUGAAUCUCUAAGUCUUAUUGGCCACAGGCUACAGGAGACAGAGGGUAUGGUAGCUGUAUCAGGAAGUUUAUCAGUGCUCCUAGAUUCAAUCAUUUGUGCUCUGGGCCCUUUGGCAUGCCUGACGUCCCAGCUCCCUGAACUAAAUGGCUGCCCCAAACACGUUUUGUCAAACACAUUGGACAACAUUGCAUACAUCAUGCCUGGACUCUGACAGGAAACGGAUAAUGGGAAGUGACGUGCUGCCAAGUAACUGAAGUGUGUACAGAUAACACUAUCCUAGUAUUAUUCCAGAGGACAAUGUAUAGGGCUUUGAGUUUUUCUGCCUGUAACAUAUCAAAUCGAAUUGUAACUAUUUUGCUUGAUUUUACGAAAAGUUUCAACCGUAAUUUGUGGGAAUUGGUUUUAUCUCAGAUUGGAUGUCUCUACAAUUAAGAGUUGGGAAAUAUUUUGAUAGAUUAGCCUUAAUAUGGUUAGAGGUUUUUUUUAAUGAAUUGGUUUUUACUUGGAAAAGUCAAGCAAGUUUUGUUGAAGAGUUGGCUUGCAUGUUGUUAAAAUAAUACUGGCAAAGAAAGUGGAGGGGAUAGUGUUUUGCUGACGGCUUGUGCUGGCACCAGGAAUCGUCAUUAAAUCUUCCAGUUGUAGGUAGGUUGCUAAAUACAGAUUCAGGUGUGGUGAGUGAAUUCUCAAAUUUUUAGGAGAAACAAGGGCUUCU